CAUAAUUACGAUAUCAAUUGUUCAUAUGGUAAUUGAUUAUACAAAUGUUUUGGUGUUAAUAUUUAAUUAAACUCUACUCACAACAAUUUACUGGUAUUAAUUAAUAAAACUUAACUAUUACAAGGACCUCAUAUAAAUAUAAGGUCAUUGAAUAAAUAAGAUAUCGGUUAUUUCAAUCAAUUCAGUUAAGUGAUUGACAGAACAGUUCACAGUGAUAUGGAAAAUUCCAGCAAAAUAUUGAAAGAAAAUGAAAAAAGAAAAACAAUUGAAAAAUUACCAAUUCAUGUGUAUUUAAAGACCAAUUCGCAGCGAUUUCUUUUGGAGACAGCAUUGAAUGGUUUGAAAUAUGUUAGUGAUUCGCAUCGGUGUGUUUGGGAGAGAAUGUAUUAUUUGAUAUCAUUUUUGAUUUGCUUUAUAAGUGGCCUCUACAUGGCCAUUUAUUUUCUAAAUAAAUGGCAACAUACCCCGGUCAUCAUCAGCUUAAGUUCCAAACCAACGGCCAUUGCCAGUCUACCCUUUCCAACCGUAACUAUUUGCAAUAUGAAUCAGGUACUGCGUAGCAAAGUUGAACAUUUUCCAAAAGAUUCGCCGGACUAUGCAUUUUUACAAAAAAUAUGUUUUAAAGAUCAUAACUAUACGCAAUUUCAAAAUUUUACUCCACGUUCAGAAAAGGAUACACUUCCCAACUUUAUUGUCGAUAAUGCCCAAUCUUGUGAAGAUAUGAUCGUCUAUUGUAAGUUCGGUGAAGUUCAAGAAACGUGUACCGAUUUGUUCCGUGAAAUUCUACUGGACGAGGGCCUGUGCUGUGUUUUCAAUCAAUUACAUCCUUACUAUUUAUUCAAAGCCAAAUACAGAUUCAUACGUGAUUUUACUGCAACGAAUGGUCGAACAACUUUGCCAGUCAAAUGGACCUUCGAGAAUGGCUAUGGUCAAGAAUAUCUACCAAAGAGGUUCUAUCCCAGGAAAACGCCAGGUGCUGGAGCAUCGAAGGGUUUAACGGUGAUUCUCAAUGCAGAUGUGAAAAAUUAUUACUGUUCAUCAACGAAUGGUGCGGGUUUCAAGAUGAUGCUGCACAAUCCCGUCGAUUUCCCCUUCAUUCGAGAAUCAGGCCUACCCAUAACCAUUGGCAAACAGACAGUUGUACGCAUCACAACAAAAAUAAACGAACCAUCCGCUACACUGCGUCAGGUGGCGCCCAAGGAUAGGCAGUGUUAUUAUAGCAAUGAAAAAACGCUACGCUACUUCAAAUUCUAUACACGCCAAAAUUGUGUAUCGGAAUGUGAUGCUGAGUUGGUCUAUUCAAUAUGCGGCUGUUUACCCUACUAUUUACCUCUAAUAUAUCCAAAUGCCACUCUUUGCUUUCUCAAGGACAUGGAUUGUGUGGCACGAUGUGAACGUCUCUUUAUGGUCUCGAGUGUGGGUGAAUGCAAAAGUAAUUGUCUAGCUGGUUGUCAUGAAAUAACCCAUUCGCCGGAUAUGUUUUCAUCGUCAUUUUCGCGACAUGAUUACUAUUUGCCGGAUAAGUUUUUUCACAAUCGCACGCUGGAGGAAAUGAAUGAGGAUUUGGCAAUGGUAACAUUUUUCUAUAAAUUCAAUAAUAUUCGUGGCUAUACCAAAGCACCGUACACAGGAUUGACGGAGUUUAUGUCUCAAACUGGUGGCAUCAUGAGUUUAAUGGUUGGCUUCAGCGUGAUUUGCAUAGCCGAAUGUUUUUACUUUAUAUUUGUGAAAAUAUUUUUCGAUUUAAAUCUACCCCGACAACCAGAAAAAUUAUCCGCCGAGGAUGAUGGAAUGAGUGCAACAAUUAAUCAGGACAAUGCAUUGGAUAAGAAUCAUCUACGUUAUUUAAUAAAGCCCCGCAAACCAAUUAACAAUCGUACCAUGGUUUGGAAUAUAGACGACAUGAAAAAAUAUGAAUCAAAAGCAAUGCAAAUUAAAAAAUAA